UGUAAACAAGCAUGGCGCAGUUUGUCCAACAUGACCCGUCGGCGUUGAGAAUUAUUCACGUUUUGAAAGAAAGUUGUUGUCAGUUUUCCGCUAGCAAGGCUCUAGAAUGGAAAAAGAUUAGCAUUUGCAAAAGGUCACGAGAUCUGAAAGAAGGAGAAUUUGUGAUCCCUAAAGGAAGCACAUCCAAAGCUAUCGAAGAGACUCCCUCCAUUCUGCUGGAGUAUCUUCAGUCUCAGCUACCCCGACUCAGCACUGUGGAUCUACCUGUUACGUGUGUUGACGCGGACAAAUACAAUCAUGCAAGGUUACAUGUUGAUAGACCAAAGAGUUUUUCAAAUAUCAUCAGGCUGGUUGAACAAAGGGGAGACAACUAUGGCAACUGUCAGCAUAGAUCUUCACAUCCUGUGGUGCUGAACCCAGCAGACUUUCUUUGUAUCAAUGAUGAUGACUUCAUAGCCACACCAGCUCAUAUCCGAUAUCUCAUAGUGCUCCAGCAUGUGAAACACUUACUAUCUGCAAAUGGGUAUCACAUAGAGCAGGUUCCAGUUGCGAGGUCAGCCAAACUAGGUGACAUUUCAGCUUCUCUUGGACUUGAUUCCUGUGUAUCAGCAACAGAAGAUGAGAAUCGUUGCCAUGACGUCAUGGCCAGAUUGAGAGACUCUCGGUACAGGGAGCAGCUGGGUUCUUUGAAUAAACAGAAAGAUGAUAUUGAAGAUGUUGAUGAAGCUGGUGACAGACAACACGCUGUGUUUAUUAACUUGAGACAUUUCAUGGAGGAAAACCAUAUAGAUGCUGGAAAGACAGGGUUUGAUAAGAAUUUGUCUCUCGUGGAUGUUUGUCAUGAAGAUGGUCCGACUGACAACGUCCUGCACAUCUCAAGGUUAAAAGAAUGUUUAUCACAAACGAUGGAGUCUACAGCACAUGUGAUACACGUGGUCUCCGAGAGUCGAGCCUUCACCCAGCAACAGACUGACCUAUUGUUGAGGAUUGCAGGGGUGGAGGGGUUGGUGGGACAGACCCAUUUUGUCCUGGGGUCGGUUACAGGAAGGUCAGGCCAACCAUGCAGCAAAACAGCUCAGGAGUUUAUUCAAUUGAGGCUGGACCAGAUGAGAGAGGCGUCCAUCAUGAAAUAUGGGGAUGAAGUUCAAGGACAGGGAUGGGAGACAACUCUGUCAGGGAUGUCCUCAGCCAGCAUUGCUUUCGAGAUGUUGACUACAUCCAGUAGAAACAGUGUGAAGUUGGACGUGUCUGAUGAGGACCGUAUGGGUGCGGAGAACCGAGCGGGGGCAUUUGUCAUGUACAACUGUGCCAGAUUGUCUACCCUCUUUACUCAUUUUGAGGAGGCUGUUGAGAAAGGAAUCUACCCACCACUCCCACCUGUUGCAGACGUCAAGUUUGAGCAUCUUAGACAAGAGGAGGAAUGGGAGCUUAUGUUUAACUACAUCUACCCAUACCCUGACCUCGUGGAACAGUGCGUGGAGAAAGUGGCGCCCUCUGCUGGAGACAUACAGGCUCGCAUACACACACACAAGAUCAGUAACUUCCUCAUCAACUUGAGUCGGUGCCUGAGCUCCUACUACAGCAGAGUGCACAUCCUCGGGGACGGCAGGCCCCAUCUUCUGCCGCUGAUGUACGCACGGCUUCACCUGAUGAGAGCUGCCCACCGCGUCAUCAAGAAUGGUCUUAACCUGAUGGGGAUACAGCCCUUCUCGCAGCUGUAACAGUCGCGCCAUAUCACUCUGACAGUUGGUGUGGGGCUGGCACAGUGACAGUUCCAGAAACACUUAUGGACUAGAGAUUGACAAGACAUUAAAGCAGAGAUGAAGACGAUAAUUUGUUAAUUCAACAAUACAGCUUACACACAUAUGUAAUAUAUAAAAGAAAAUUACGUAUUUUUUCCAAUCUCCAUAGACAGUCUCCAUGGUGUAGACUAUCUGCCUGGACAGCGGAAGAUCGGUAGUUCGAUCCCCAGCCACAUCGUACUAAAAGGUGUUAAAUGAUAAUACUUGUUGUUACCCUGCCUGGCGCUUGGCAUUAAGAGAAUAAAACAAAGUCUGGUCUUCUCCAGAUUCA